AUGUCGCAUCCACCUCCACCACCACCAGGCUGGGGGCCUCCCCCCCCCUCCACCACCCCCAUCAUCGGCUUCCAGCAGAGCGACCCUCACAUGGCCAAGUUUGCACAGAAGAAGCAGGAAUGGCUUCGGCAUCAGCGAAAUCGGUUCGGAGAGAAGCGCAAGGGUGGCUUCGUUGAGACGCAAAAGGCAGACAUGCCGCCGGAGCAUCUGCGCAAGAUCGUGCGCGACAUUGGCGAUGUGUCGCAACGACGAUACACCAACGACAAGCGCAGUUAUCUUGGCGCACUGAAGUUCAUGCCCCACGCUGUCCUGAAGCUUCUCGAGAAUAUGCCAAUGCCCUGGGAAUCUGCACGCGAAGUCAAGGUUUUAUAUCACGUCAAUGGCUGCCUGACCCUCGUCAAUGAGAUCCCUCGCGUUGUCGAGCCUGUCUUCUUCGCGCAGUGGGCGAUGAUGUGGACCUUUAUGCGCAAGGAGAAGGCGGAUCGAAGACUAUUCAAACGUAUGCGUUUUCCGCCUUUUGACGAUGAAGAACCACCGCUAUCAUGGUCCGAAAAUAUCGAAGACGUCGAGCCUCUCGAGCCAAUCCAGAUGGAGCUCAAUGAGGAAGAAGACGAAGCCAUCUAUGAAUGGUUCUACGACCACCGUCCGCUACUUGAUACACCACACGUCAACGGGCCCAGCUACAAGUCAUGGAAUAUGACAUUGCCUCAAAUGGCUGCCCUCUUCCGACUCAGUAGACCCCUGAUCUCCGACGUCAUCGACAAGAACUACUUCUACCUCUUCGAUCUCAAGAGUCUUCUGACUGCCAAGGCUCUCAAUGUGGCUCUGCCAGGCGGACCGCGAUUUGAGCCUCUGUAUAAAGACAUUAACCCCAAUGAGGAGGAUUUUGGCGAGUUCAACGCGAUUGACCGUAUUAUUUUCCGAAACCCCAUCCGAACCGAAUUCCGAGUCGCAUACCCUUUCCUAUACAAUUCUCUUCCACGAAGUGUACACAUGUCUUGGCACUCGCAACCCCAAGCUGUCUUCAACCGUGCGGAUGACCCUGACCUGCCGACCUUCCACUUCGACCGCCGCAUCAACCCGAUUUCGUCCCGUACUGUUGCACCCAAGAACGCCGAUAUUUCUCUUGAAGACGAGCUGUUCGGGCCCGGAAACAACGAAGAAGACGAGGAGGAUGGAUUCACUCUUCCAGCUGGCGUUGAACCGUUCCUCGCCGAUGAAGAGCUCGACAACGAACACACCUCAUCAGCAAUUGAGCUUUGGUGGGCCCCGUUCCCCUUCGACCGACGCUCAGGACGCAUGGUGAGAGCACAGGAUGUGCCUCUCAUCAAGCAGUGGUACCUCGAGCACCCGCCUUCCGACCGACCGCCUGUCAAGGUUCGUGUGUCGUACCAGAAGUUGCUCAAGAACUAUGUUCUCAACGAGCUGCACAAAAAGAAGCCCAAGGCGCACAACAAUCAGAAUCUAUUUAGAUCGCUCAAGCAGACCAAGUUCUUCCAACAGACCACGAUAGACUGGGUAGAGGCCGGUCUUCAAGUUUGCCGCCAAGGUUUUAACAUGCUGAACCUGCUGAUUCACCGCAAGAACCUCACAUACUUGCAUCUGGAUUACAACUUCAAUCUCAAGCCUGUUAAAACUCUCACAACCAAGGAGCGAAAGAAGUCUCGAUUCGGAAACGCUUUCCACUUGAUGCGAGAAAUUUUGAGAUUGACCAAGCUCAUUGUUGAUGCCCAGGUUCAAUACAGACUUGGCAACAUUGAUGCCUUUCAGCUUGCUGAUGGUAUUCACUAUGCAUUCAAUCAUGUUGGCCAGCUGACUGGUAUGUACCGAUACAAAUAUAAGCUCAUGCAUCAAAUCCGCACAUGCAAGGAUCUGAAGCACUUAAUAUACUACCGCUUCAACUCAGGACCUGUCGGAAAAGGUCCUGGUUGUGGUUUCUGGGCCCCAUCGUGGCGAGUAUGGCUUUUCUUCAUGCGAGGCAUCAUUCCUCUUCUUCAGAGGUGGCUCGGAAACCUAUUGUCGCGACAGUUCGAAGGUCGACACAGCAAGGGAGUUGCCAAAACAGUCACGAAGCAGCGAGUCGAGUCCCACUUUGAUCUUGAACUGCGUGCCUCUGUUAUGUCUGACUUGAUGGAUAUGAUGCCUGAAGGUAUCAAGCAAAGCAAGGUCAACACAGUACUGCAGCACUUGUCUGAAGCUUGGAGAUGCUGGAAGAGUAACAUCCCCUGGAAGGUUCCCGGUCUUCCUGCGCCUAUCGAGAACAUCAUUCUCAGAUAUGUCAAGUCAAAGGCCGACUGGUGGAUUUCCGUCACGCACUACAACCGUGAGCGCAUUCGCCGAGGUGCAACCGUCGAUAAGACUGUGGCGAAAAAGAAUGUUGGCCGCCUGACUCGUCUCUGGCUAAAGGCCGAACAAGAGAGACAACAUAACCAUAUGAAGGACGGUCCUUAUGUCUCUUCAGAGGAAGCAGUAGCCAUUUACACAACAACCGUUCACUGGCUCGAGUCGAGAAAAUUUUCCCCAAUCCCGUUCCCCAGCGUUUCUUACAAGCACGACACGAAGAUUCUGAUCCUCGCUCUGGAGCGUCUCAGAGAGGCGUAUUCCGUCAAAGGUCGGUUGAAUCAGAGCCAACGUGAAGAACUGGCCUUGAUCGAGCAAGCAUAUGACAGCCCUGGUACUACUUUGGAGCGUAUCAAGCGAUUCCUUCUCACCCAGCGCGCUUUCAAAGAAGUCAACAUCGAUAUGAACGACAAUUAUAAUACCAUCAACCCAGUGUACGACAUUGAACCCAUCGAGAAGAUCAGCGAUGCCUACCUCGACCAGUACCUCUGGUACCAGGCCGAUCAAAGACAUCUGUUCCCGGCCUGGAUCAAGCCUUCUGACUCUGAGGUGCCCCCUCUCCUGGUCUACAAAUGGGCCCAGGGUAUCAACAACCUGAGCGGCGUGUGGGAAACAGAAAACGGCGAAUGUAACGUCAUGAUCGAGACGGAACUGUCCAAAGUCUACGAGAAGAUGGAACUGACAAUGCUCAACUCUCUUCUGCGUCUCAUCAUGGAUCACAACCUGGCUGAUUACAUCACCUCCAAGAACAACGUUCAGCUGACAUACAAGGACAUGAAUCACGUCAACAGCUACGGUCUAAUCCGUGGACUGCAGUUCUCCGCCUUUGUCUUCCAAUACUACGGCCUUCUUCUCGAUCUGUUACUGCUUGGCCCUCAGCGUGCGAGUGAAAUUGCUGGACCUCCUCAGAGCCCCAACGAUUUCCUUCAGUUCCGUGACAAAGAGACCGAAACUCGACACCCCAUUCGUCUAUACAGCAGAUACAUCGAUAAAAUUUGGGUCUUCCUUCGUUUCACAGCCGAAGAAUCUCGAGAUCUGAUUCAGCGGUUCCUAACGGAGCAGCCCGAUCCAAACUUCGAGAACGUCAUUGGCUACAAGAGCAAGAAAUGCUGGCCUCGUGACUCGCGUAUGCGUUUGAUGCGCCAUGAUGUCAAUCUGGGCCGCGCCGUUUUCUGGGAUCUCAAGAACAGACUGCCACGUACUGUCACGACCAUCGACUGGGAUGACAGCUUCGCCAGUGUCUACAGCAGAGACAACCCCAACCUGCUAUUCUCUAUGAGCGGUUUUGAGGUUCGCAUCCUGCCAAAGAUUCGAAACCAGAACGAUGAGUUCCCUGUGAAGGACGGCGUGUGGUCGCUUGUCGACAACACGACCAAGGAGCGAACUGCGCAUGCUUUCUUGCAAGUCACGGAAGAUGACAUUGCUAAAUUCAACAACCGAAUUCGCCAGAUUCUGAUGUCGUCUGGAUCUACGACGUUUACCAAGAUCGCUAACAAGUGGAACACUGCUCUCAUUGCUCUUUUUACAUAUUACCGAGAAGCCGCCGUUUCCACCGUGGAGUUGCUUGAUACCAUUGUCAAGUGUGAGACCAAGAUCCAGACGCGAGUCAAGAUUGGUCUCAACUCCAAGAUGCCCUCUCGUUUCCCUCCUGCUGUCUUCUACACUCCGAAAGAACUGGGUGGUCUCGGUAUGAUAUCUGGCUCUCACAUUCUUAUCCCCGCUAGUGACAAACGCUGGUACAAGCAAACCGAUACUGGAACCACUCACUUCCGAGCUGGUAUGACGCAUGACGAGGAGACACUCAUUCCCAACAUUUUCCGUUACAUUAUCCCGUGGGAGGCUGAGUUCAUUGAUUCGCAGCGUGUCUGGACCGAAUACUCCCAGAAGCGCCUCGAAGCCAACCAGCAGAACCGCCGUCUGACUUUGGAAGAUCUCGAGGAUAGCUGGGACCGCGGUUUACCUCGUAUCAAUACGCUCUUCCAAAAAGAUCGUAGCACACUAAGUUUUGACAAGGGUUUCCGUGCUCGUGCUGAGUUCAAGGUCUACCAGCUGAUGAAGAGCAACCCUUUCUGGUGGACCAGCCAGCGUCACGACGGAAAGCUGUGGAACCUCAAUGCCUACCGAACUGAUGUUAUCCAGGCACUUGGUGGUGUUGAGACCAUUCUGGAGCACACUCUCUUCAAAGCUACAGGUUUCGCAUCCUGGGAAGGUCUCUUCUGGGAGAAGGUUGCUGUUGAAGAUGUCAAGGAGGGCGAUUUGCUUCUCGGCCCUGACGGCGGGUCCAGACGCGCAUUCAAUGUGGUCAAUGGCAAGGACCGACUGUAUCGAAUCAAAAUUGACAACCAGAAAGAAGACCUUGUCGUCACCACCAACCACAUCCUCGUGUUUCACAAGGAAACGGCAACCGCCACCUAUGAUGCUCAUGAGAUGACUGCUGCUGAAUACGCCGCGCUGGAGUCUGCAGAGAGAGCCAAGUAUCUUCUGUUUUCCACUCCGCGCACGACAACUACGGAGGGUGCCAUCCCAAAGACGGACAGAUUCGUCGUCAACGACAUCGUCCUGGAAGCAGAGGCGACAGAAUGGGCCGGAUUCCGUGUGGAUGGAGACCAGCUCUACCUCCGCCACGACUAUCUCGUGCUUCACAACAGUGGUUUCGAAGAAUCGAUGAAGUUCAAGAAACUGACCAAUGCCCAGCGAUCCGGUCUUAACCAAAUUCCCAACCGUCGCUUCACCCUGUGGUGGUCCCCAACUAUCAACAGAGCCAAUGUCUACGUUGGUUUCCAGGUCCAGCUCGAUUUGACUGGUAUCUUCCUUCAUGGCAAGAUUCCAACCCUGAAGAUCUCUUUGAUUCAGAUUUUCCGUGCGCAUUUGUGGCAAAAGAUUCACGAAUCUGUUGUCAUGGAUAUGUGUCAAGUCUUCGACCAGGAGUUGGAAGCUCUGGGCAUCGAAACUGUUCAGAAAGAGACUAUCCAUCCCAGAAAGUCGUACAAGAUGAACAGCUCGUGCGCCGAUAUUCUGCUCUUUGCAAGCCACAAGUGGAAUGUUACUCGCCCAUCGCAUCUCAAUGACACAAAGGAUGUAAUUGAACCGACCACCACGAACAAGUUUUGGAUUGAUAUCCAGCUUCGUUAUGGCGAUUACGAUUCUCACGACAUUGAUCGUUACACGAGAGCCAAGUAUCUCGAUUACACCACGGACAGUGCCAGUAUCUACCCGUCUGCCACCGGCCUCAUGAUUGGUAUUGACUUGGCUUACAACAUGUACUCGGCGUACGGAAUGUUCUUCCCUGGCCUGAAGGUUCUUGUUCAACAGGCGAUGGCCAAGGUUAUGAAGGCUAACCCCGCCCUCUACGUCUUGCGAGAGCGCAUCCGCAAGGGUUUACAGCUGUAUGCCUCCGAGAGCAACCAAGAAUUCCUGAACUCUCAGAACUACUCCGAACUGUUCAGUCAGAAAACUCAGCUGUUCAUCGAUGAUACCAAUGUCUACCGUGUCACCAUCCACAAGACAUUCGAAGGCAACUUGACUACCAAGCCUAUCAAUGGUGCCAUUUUCAUUUUCAACCCUCGUACCGGCCAACUGUUCUUGAAGAUUAUCCACACCAGCGUCUGGGCAGGGCAGAAGCGUCUUGGACAGCUCGCCAAGUGGAAGACUGCUGAAGAAGUUGCAGCUCUCAUCCGAUCAUUGCCCGUUGAAGAGCAGCCGAAGCAGCUGAUUGUCACUCGAAAGGGUCUUCUUGAUCCACUCGAGGUUCAGUUGGUUGACUUUCCCAACAUUUCCAUCCGUGCUUCUGAGCUGCAGCUUCCUUUCCAGGCGGCGAUGAAGGUCGAGAAGCUCGGCGACAUGAUCCUACGAGCCACGGAACCGCAGAUGGUUCUGUUCAACCUGUACGACGAAUGGCUGAAGAGUAUCUCGUCAUUCACGGCAUUCUCGCGUCUCGUCCUUAUUCUGCGUGCUCUACAUGUCAACCCCGACAAGACGAAGCUCAUUCUCCGCCCGGACAAGACUAUUAUCACGCUGGAACAUCACAUCUGGCCAUCGCUGACGGACGAAGAAUGGAUCAAGGUUGAAACACAACUGCGUGACCUCAUUCUGAAUGAUUACGGCAAAAAGAACAACGUCAACGUGUCCAGUCUGACCAGCAGUGAAGUGCGAGACAUUAUCCUGGGUAUGGAAAUCUCUGCGCCUUCCAUGCAGAGACAGCAGGCUGCCGAGAUUGAGAAGCAGCAACAGGAACAAGCUCAGCUCACCGCCGUUACCACCAAGACGCAAAAUAUUCACGGUGAAGAUCUUAUUGUUACGACCACCUCACAGUUCGAGCAGCAAACGUUUGCUUCCAAGACUGAAUGGCGCACACGUGCGAUUGCCACAUCAAACUUGCGCACGCGUGCCAAGAACGUAUACGUCUCUCCUAUCGACAACGAUCUUGACGAUGUCACCUACGUGAUGCCGAACAACAUUUUGAAGAAGUUCAUCACCAUUGCCGAUCUGCGCGUGCAGGUUGCUGGAUUCCUCUACGGCGCCUCCGCACCAGACAAUGACCAAGUCAAGGAAAUCAAGUGCAUUGUCAUGAUGCCGCAGGUGGGCGGCCUCCGCAACGUGCAGCUACCACAGCAGCUGCCUCAGAGCGACUUUCUCGAGGGCAUGGAGCCGCUCGGCGUGAUCCACACCGCGUCUGGCGGCGAGCUGCCUUACAUGACGGCCGCGGACGUGACGGAGCACUCAAAGCUGCUUGACGCGCACAGCGAGUGGGAUAAGACCAACACGGUCACCGUCUCGGUUGCCUUCACACCUGGUAGCGUGUCGCUGUCGGCCUGGGGCCUCACGCCGCAGGGCUACCAAUGGGGUGUCGACAACCGGGACCUACAGAGCGACCAACCGCAGGGGUUCGCGACCACCAUGGGCGAGAAGCGCAAGCUGCUUCUGAGCCCGCGCUUCCGAGGCUUCUUCCUCGUGCCCGACGACGGCCGCUGGAACUACAGCUUCAUGGGCAGCGCCUUUGCUGGCAUGGAGAAGAAGAGCGUGCACGUCAAGCUCGACACGCCACUGCCAUUUUACGGCGAUCAGCACCGCCCCGUUCACUUCCACAGCUUUGCUGAGCUCGAGGACAUUGGUGUCGAUCGUUCGGACAAUUUUGCAUGA